CAGACCCCAAACCGAGCUAAACGGCCAACACAGACGAACUGCACGCAGAGGGGAAAAACCCCCACCACCCAAACCCACGACCACCCACUACCUCCUCCCUAUCCCCAACCUCGCUCGCAUCCCCCCACAUCCCGCACAAACCCACGCCUCCCACCCUGGAUAAUCCAUGGUGAUCCCCUCCACCUUCUUCCACCGCUGCUGCCGCCGGCAGCCGAACCUCCGGGGAUCCCCUCUACUUCCUUCUGACCCGGCGCACCACUGCCUUGCCCAGUCCCAAUACACCACUCUCCGCCGCCACUGGAACCUACUGCCGGCCACCUUCAAAUCCGGCGAUCCCCGGCGACACGACCCGCCCACCACCUUCUCCCGUAUGCGGAUCCGUUGGAUCUCGGGCUCCACUCCCUUCCCCCAACCUCUACACGGCGCGGGUGGCCGAUGGUGGGGAGGGCCAGCCACCAUGCCCCAAAAGGAGCUCACCACCGAGGCAGCGCGAUUCAUCCUUCGGCCGGGCCGACCGGAUGUGCGUCGCCUUCCUAUCUUCCACUUCUGCAGGUGACCACUGGCCACCCCUCGCCCGCUGGAUCCGGCCAUCAUCUCCAUGGGGGUGGGUGUGCAUGCGACUAGCGGAUUCGCCGGAGAACACCACGACGAGCAGAAAAGAGGGCCUCCACCCCCAGCCCCAUGCAAUUCUCCUGAUGCGCCCAUGCAAUGCGGAUAGCCUUCUGCUUCCUCCUCCCCAUGUCCAGGCACCCCCGCUACCCUCGCAGGGUAGUAUGAGCGCUGGCCGCCACGCUCCCCUGUCCUCCGACCUCUCUCUGCCGACGUCCCUUUGCUCAACUCCCGGUGAGGUCCCAGGUGCCCGCAGGAUGAAGUACAGACAACGACACCGUGCAGUUCUUUACAUCUCCCCUUGUAAUUUUGUGAGCUGCAAUUUUGGAUAUGUGCGGACGUGCAGUACAGUUCCCGUGAGACGCAGCUUGUUUUCGCCCAAGGUCGAUGAUCAUCAGGGCGAGAAGGAAAAGCGGGAGGAGUCCUAGCCACCCCUCACCACAGAUCGUGGAGCCAUGGUCGAGCAGUCAAGUCUGCCUGUUGUUGCAGUCCGUCCCACGGGCACCUGCAAUAUGCAUCGCCCCCACCUGUGUUAAGCUUGGGCUCCCCUUGGAUCGAGCUGCCACCGGCGAGGUUUCUUCCAGAUGCAGUGCGGCAACGCGGAAGCAUGCGGUUCCAUGGCAAUCUUUAUGCAGUUUGAUUCAAUCUCCUAUAACCUUCCACACCCCCUUGUCCGUCCCUGGAGCAGCGCGGGUUGGGUGGUGCAGUGCACUGGGACUCCGCAUGCAGUGCAUAAGUGCAUAAGACAACAUGCGGUUUUCGAUAAUUUUGCACUCGGUUAGAGGCGCGGGAGCGUGGAUAUGCACUUAUGCACAACCGUGCCCCUCGUUGGGAUUUUUUUGCCUGAGAGGACAAAGACAACGUGCGGUUUUCGAUAAUUUAUGUAUAAAAGUUAUGUG